GUAGGUUAUGCAAUGGUCUGUGCAGGAUGGUCUAUUCUUGAAUUGGAGCUUCCGAAGACUGACAGAUGCUGGUACUUCUUCUAUAAGUGGACUCUAAUUUCUUUUCUCAAGACAACUACAUAAGCAGACAAAAUUGCAAAGAUCUGCCCUGUGUCGAGUAUGACAGCCACGACUCGUGGCUCUCCGGUAGGAGGGAAUGACAACCAGGGCCAGGCUCCUGAUGGCCAGUCUCAGCCGCCCCUCCAGCAGAAUCAGACGCCAUCGCCUGAUUCCUCCAAUGAAAAUUCCCCGGCAACUCCCCCAGAUGAGCAAGGUCAGGGUGAUGCUCCCCCACAGCUGGAAGAGGAGGAGCCUGCGUUCCCGCAUACUGACCUCGCCAAGUUGGAUGACAUGAUCAAUAGGCCUCGGUGGGUGGUCCCAGUGUUGCCGAAAGGGGAAUUAGAAAUGCUUUUGGAAGCUGCUAUUGAUCUUAGUAAAAAAGGCCUUGAUGUUAAAAGUGAAGCAUGUCAGCGAUUCUUUCGAGAUGGGCUCACAAUAUCCUUCACUAAAAUCCUUACAGACGAGGCAGUGAGUGGCUGGAAGUUUGAAAUUCACAGGUGUAUUAUCAAUAACACUCAUCGCCUGGUGGAACUAUGUGUGGCCAAGUUGUCCCAAGACUGGUUUCCACUUCUAGAACUUCUCUCCAUGGCCUUAAAUCCUCAUUGCAAGUUCCAUAUCUACAAUGGUACCCGUCCGUGCGAAUCCAUGUCCUCAAGUGUUCAGUUGCCUGAAGAUGAACUCUUCGCUCGUUCUCCAGACCCUCGCUCACCAAAAGGUUGGCUAGUGGAUCUCCUCAACAAAUUCGGCACUUUAAAUGGGUUCCAGAUUUUGCAUGAUCGUUUUAUUAGUGGAUCAGCAUUAAAUGUUCAAAUAAUUGCAGCUCUUAUUAAACCAUUUGGACAAAGCUACGAAUUUCUCACUCUUCACACAGUGAAAAAGUACUUUCUCCCAGUCAUAGAAAUGGUUCCACAAUUUUUAGAAAACUUAACUGAUGAAGAGCUGAAAAAAGAAGCAAAGAAUGAAGCCAAAAAUGAUGCCCUCUCAAUGAUUAUUAAAUCUUUGAAGAAUUUAGCAUCAAGGGUUCCAGGACAAGAAGAAACUGUAAAAAAUUUAGAAAUAUUUAGGUUAAAAAUGAUACUUAGAUUAUUGCAAAUUUCUUCCUUCAAUGGAAAGAUGAAUGCACUGAAUGAGGUUAAUAAGGUGAUUUCUAGUGUCUCGUACUACACUCACCGGCAUGGGAACCCUGAGGAGGAAGAGUGGCUCACAGCUGAACGAAUGGCAGAAUGGAUACAGCAGAACAACAUCUUAUCCAUCGUCUUGCGAGACAGCCUGCACCAGCCACAGUACGUGGAGAAGCUGGAGAAGAUUCUUCGUUUCGUCAUCAAAGAAAAGGCUCUGACCUUACAAGACCUUGAUAAUAUCUGGGCAGCACAGGCGGGGAAGCACGAGGCCAUUGUGAAGAAUGUACAUGAUUUACUGGCAAAGUUGGCCUGGGAUUUUUCUCCUGAACAACUCGAUCAUCUCUUUGAUUGCUUUAAGGCGAGUUGGACAAAUGCAAGUAAAAAGCAGCGGGAGAAGCUGCUGGAGCUGAUUCGUCGUCUUGCGGAGGAUGACAAGGACGGUGUAAUGGCGCACAAGGUGCUGAACCUCCUGUGGAACCUGGCCCACAGCGACGACGUGCCCGUGGACAUCAUGGACCUGGCCCUCAGCGCCCACAUCAAAAUACUCGAUUACAGCUGCUCCCAGGACCGUGACACACAGAAGAUCCAGUGGAUAGAUCGCUUUAUAGAAGAACUUCGUACAAAUGACAAAUGGGUCAUCCCCGCUCUGAAACAAAUUAGAGAAAUUUGUAGUUUGUUUGGGGAGGCACCUCAGAAUUUGAGUUCUUCUCGUUUCAGUCAAACUCAGCGAAGUCCCCAUGUAUUUUAUCGCCAUGACUUAAUCAAUCAACUCCAGCACAAUCAUGCCCUAGUUACUUUGGUAGCAGAAAAUCUUGCAACUUACAUGGAAAGCAUGAGACUGUAUGCUAGAGACCAUGAGGACUACGACCCACAAACUGUAAGGCUGGGAAGUAGAUACAGCCACGUUCAGGAAGUCCAAGAACGGCUGAACUUCCUGAGAUUCUUGCUGAAGGACGGCCAGCUGUGGCUGUGUGCCCCGCAGGCGAAGCAGAUCUGGAAGUGCCUGGCUGAGAACGCCGUGUACCUGUGCGACCGCGAGGCCUGCUUCAAGUGGUACUCCAAGCUGAUGGGGGAUGAGCCAGACUUGGACCCUGAUAUCAACAAGGACUUCUUUGAAAGCAAUGUGCUCCAGCUCGACCCUUCCCUCCUAACGGAAAAUGGCAUGAAAUGUUUUGAGCGAUUCUUCAAAGCUGUGAAUUGUCGAGAAGGAAAACUGGUAGCAAAGAGGAGAGCAUACAUGAUGGAUGACCUGGAGUUGAUAGGGUUAGACUACCUUUGGCGGGUUGUGAUUCAGAGCAAUGACGAUAUUGCCAGCAGAGCUAUAGAUCUCCUUAAAGAGAUAUACACAAACCUGGGGCCAAGGCUACAGGUCAAUCAGGUGGUGAUCCAUGAAGACUUCAUUCAGUCUUGCUUUGAUCGUUUGAAAGCCUCCUAUGACACGCUGUGUGUGUUGGAUGGUGACAAGGACAGUAUUAAUUGUGCAAGACAGGAAGCUGUUCGGAUGGUUCGAGUGCUAACCGUGCUGAGGGAGUACAUAAAUGAGUGUGACAGCGAUUACCAUGAGGAAAGAACAAUUCUGCCCAUGUCAAGAGCUUUCCGUGGUAAACACCUCUCUUUUAUAGUCCGGUUUCCGAACCAGGGCAGACAGGUUGAUGACCUGGACGUGUGGUCCCACACAAAUGACACGAUCGGUUCCGUGCGGCGGUGCAUUCUCAAUCGCAUUAAAGCCAACGUAGCCCAUACAAAAAUAGAGCUCUUCGUGGGCGGGGAACUGAUAGAUCCUGCAGAUGACAGAAAGCUGAUUGGACAAUUGAACUUAAAGGAUAAAUCGCUAAUUACAGCCAAGCUUACACAAAUAAGUUCCAAUAUGCCUUCGAGCCCUGAUAGCUCUUCUGAUUCCUCAACUGGAUCUCCUGGAAACCAUGGUAACCAUUACAGCGAUGGGCCCAACCCAGAAGUGGAAAGCUGUUUGCCCGGGGUGAUAAUGUCACUGCAUCCCAGAUACAUCUCUUUCCUUUGGCAAGUUGCAGACUUAGGUAGCAGCCUAAAUAUGCCAUCUCUUAGAGAUGGUGCAAGAGUGCUUAUGAAACUUAUGCCACCAGAUAGCACAACAAUAGAAAAACUGAGAGCGAUUUGCUUAGACCACGCGAAGCUUGGAGACAGCAGCCUUAGCCCAUCUCUUGACUCGCUUUUCUUUGGUCCUUCCGCUUCCCAAGUGCUAUACCUGACAGAGGUGGUCUAUGCCUUGCUCAUGCCUGCUGGUGCGCCUCUGGCUGAAGACUCCUCUGAUUUCCAGUUUCACUUCUUGAAAAGCGGUGGCCUGCCCUUAGUCCUGAGUAUGCUGACCAGAAACAACUUCCUGCCCAAUGCUGACAUGGAAACUCGCAGGGGUGCCUACCUCAAUGCUCUGAAAAUAGCCAAGCUGUUGCUGACUGCCAUUGGCUACGGCCACGUUCGCGCUGUGGCAGAAGCGUUUCAGCCAGGUGUAGAAGGCGUGAAUCCUUUGACAUCGGUCAACCAAGUCACGCACGACCAGGCCGUGGUGCUGCAGAGCGCGCUGCAGAGCAUCCCGAACCCAUCGUCUGAGUGCAUGCUCAGGAAUGUGGCCAUCCGCCUGGCCCAGCAGGUCUCCGACGAGGCUUCAAGAUACAUGCCUGACAUCUGCGUGAUUAGAGCUAUUCAGAAAAUCAUCUGGGCCUCCGGGUGCGGGGCUCUACAGCUGGUAUUUAGCCCGAAUGAAGAAAUCACUAAAAUUUAUGAGAAGUCCAACAUGGGCAACGAGCUGGACUUGGAAGAUGAGCAGGUUUGCUGCGAAGCGUUGGAAGUGAUGACGUUGUGUUUUGCCUUGAUUCCGACGGCCUUGGACGCUCUCAGCAAGGACAAGGCUUGGCAAACAUUCAUUAUUGACUUACUGCUGCACUGCCACAGCAAAACUGUCCGCCAGGUGGCGCAGGAGCAGUUCUUCCUGAUGUGCACCAGGUGUUGCAUGGGCCACAGGCCCCUGCUUUUCUUCAUCACGCUGCUCUUCACUGUUUUGGGGAGCACAGCCAGGGAGAGAGCUAAACACUCGGGUGACUACUUCACUCUACUGAGGCACCUUCUGAAUUAUGCUUACAACAGUAACAUUAAUAUACCCAACGCCGAAGUUCUUCUCAACAAUGAAAUCGAUUGGCUGAAGAGAAUUAGAGAUGAAGUUAAGAGAACAGGUGACACAGGUGUUGAGGAGACGAUCUUGGAAGGCCACCUGGGGGUAACAAAAGAGCUGCUGGCUUUUCAAACCCCGGAGAAAAAGUACCAUAUUGGUUGUGAAAAGGGAGGUGCUAGCCUCAUUAAAGAAUUAAUUGAUGACUUCAUCUUCCCUGCAUCCAAUGUGUACCUGCAGUACAUGAGGAACGGAGAGCUGCCCGCUGAACAGGCCAUCCCCGUCUGCAGCUCACCAGCUACCAUCAACGCUGGUUUUGAGUUACUUGUAGCAUUAGCUGUUGGCUGUGUGAGGAAUCUCAAGCAGAUAGUAGAGUCUUUGACUGAAAUGUAUUACAUUGGCACAGCAAUAACUACGUGUGAAGCACUUACUGAGUGGGAAUAUCUGCCCCCUGUGGGACCCCGCCCUCCCAAAGGCUUCGUGGGGCUGAAAAAUGCCGGUGCUACCUGCUACAUGAAUUCUGUGAUCCAGCAGCUCUACAUGAUCCCCUCCAUCCGGAAUGGUAUUCUUGCCAUUGAAGGCACAGGUAGUGAUGUAGAUGAUGAUAUGUCUGGGGAUGAGAAGCAGGACAAUGAGAGCAAUGUUGAUCCCAGAGAUGAUGUAUUUGGAUACCCUCAGCAAUUCGAAGACAAGCCAGCAUUAAGUAAGACAGAGGACAGGAAGGAGUACAACAUCGGUGUCCUCAGACACCUGCAGGUCAUCUUUGGCCACUUGGCUGCCUCUCGGCUGCAGUACUAUGUGCCCCGAGGAUUCUGGAAGCAGUUCAGGCUUUGGGGUGAGCCUGUUAAUCUGCGUGAGCAACAUGAUGCUUUAGAAUUUUUUAAUUCUUUGGUGGAUAGUUUAGAUGAAGCUUUGAAAGCCUUAGGACAUCCUGCUAUGCUAAGUAAAGUUUUAGGAGGUUCUUUUGCGGAUCAGAAGAUUUGCCAAGGCUGCCCACAUAGAUACGAGUGUGAAGAAUCUUUUACAACUUUGAAUGUAGACAUUCGAAAUCACCAAAAUCUUCUUGAUUCUUUGGAACAAUACGUCAAAGGAGAUUUAUUAGAAGGUGCAAAUGCAUAUCAUUGUGAGAAAUGCAAUAAAAAGGUUGAUACUGUAAAACGCCUGCUAAUUAAAAAAUUACCUCCUGUUCUUGCUAUUCAACUGAAACGAUUCGACUAUGACUGGGAAAGAGAGUGUGCGAUCAAGUUCAAUGAUUAUUUUGAGUUUCCUCGAGAGCUGGACAUGGAGCCUUACACGGUGGCAGGUGUCGCAAAGCUGGAGGGAGACAAUGUGAACCCAGAGAGUCAGCUAAUUCAGCAGAACGAGCAGUCCGAGGGCGAGGCGGCGGGCAGCACGAAGUACAGGCUCGUGGGUGUGCUUGUCCACAGUGGGCAGGCGAGUGGUGGCCACUAUUACUCUUACAUCAUUCAGAGGAAUGGUGUGGACGGUGAGAGAAAUCGCUGGUAUAAAUUCGAUGACGGCGAUGUGACAGAGUGUAAAAUGGAUGAUGAUGAAGAAAUGAAAAACCAGUGUUUCGGGGGAGAGUACAUGGGAGAAGUGUUCGAUCACAUGAUGAAGCGCAUGUCAUACAGGCGCCAGAAAAGGUGGUGGAACGCCUACAUACUCUUUUAUGAGCGAUUGGACACGAUAGACCAAGGCGAUGAGUUGAUACGAUACAUAUCCGAGCUCGCUGUCACCAGCAGACCCCAUCAAAUCGUCAUGCCAUCGGCCAUCGAGAGAAGUGUGCGCAAACAGAACGUGCAGUUCAUGCAUAACCGAAUGCAGUACAGUUUGGAAUAUUUUCAGUUCAUGAAAAAACUGCUUACAUGUAAUGGUGUUUACUUAAAUCCUCCUCCCGGGCAAGAUCACUUGUUGCCUGAAGCAGAAGAAAUCACCAUGAUUAGUAUUCAACUUGCUGCUAGGUUCCUCUUCACCACAGGGUUUCAUACCAAGAAAGUAGUCCGUGGCUCGGCCAGUGAUUGGUAUGAUGCACUGUGUAUUCUCCUUCGCCACAGCAAGAAUGUGCGCUUUUGGUUUGCUCAUAACGUCCUUUUUAAUGUUUCCAAUCGCUUCUCUGAAUACCUCCUGGAGUGCCCUAGUGCGGAAGUGAGGGGUGCAUUUGCAAAGCUGAUCGUUUUCAUUGCGCAUUUUUCCUUGCAAGAUGGGCCAUGCCCUUCACCUUUUGCAUCUCCUGGACCUUCUAGUCAGGCUUAUGACAACCUAAGCCUCAGCGAUCACCUGCUGAGAGCGGUGCUGAAUCUCCUGAGAAGGGAAGUCUCGGAGCAUGGGCGCCAUUUGCAGCAGUAUUUCAACCUGUUCGUGAUGUAUGCCAAUUUAGGCGUGGCCGAGAAGACACAGCUUCUGAAGCUGAGUGUGCCUGCCACCUUCAUGCUUGUGUCUUUGGAUGAGGGCCCAGGUCCUCCCAUCAAAUACCAGUAUGCUGAGUUGGGCAAGCUGUACUCAGUAGUGUCCCAGCUGAUCCGCUGUUGCAAUGUCUCGUCAAGAAUGCAGUCCUCAAUCAAUGGUAAUCCUCCUCUUCCCAACCCUUUUGGUGAUCCUAAUUUAUCCCAGCCUAUCAUGCCAAUUCAGCAGAAUGUGGCAGACAUUUUAUUUGUGAGAACAAGUUAUGUGAAGAAAAUCAUUGAGGAUUGCAGUAAUUCGGAGGAAACCGUCAAAUUGCUUCGUUUUUGCUGCUGGGAGAAUCCUCAGUUCUCAUCUACUGUCCUCAGUGAACUUCUGUGGCAGGUUGCAUAUUCCUACACUUACGAGCUGCGGCCCUAUUUGGAUCUGCUUUUGCAAAUCUUGCUGAUCGAGGACUCCUGGCAGACUCACAGAAUUCAUAACGCACUUAAAGGAAUCCCAGACGACCGAGAUGGGCUGUUUGACACAAUCCAGCGCUCUAAGAAUCACUAUCAAAAGCGAGCAUACCAGUGCAUAAAGUGUAUGGUGGCUCUCUUCAGCAAUUGUCCUGUUGCUUACCAGAUUUUGCAGGGCAACGGAGAUCUGAAAAGAAAGUGGACCUGGGCAGUGGAGUGGCUUGGAGAUGAGCUCGAAAGACGACCGUACACUGGCAACCCUCAGUACACGUACAAUAACUGGUCGCCUCCGGUGCAAAGCAAUGAGACCUCAAAUGGUUAUUUCUUGGAGAGAUCACAUAGUGCUAGGAUGACCCUUGCAAAAGCUUGUGAACUCUGUCCAGAGGAGGUAAACAAAGCCACCAGUGUGCAGCAGAUAGGAAUGGAAGAAGCCAAAGAGCCAGAUGACCAAGAUGCGCCGGAUGAGCAUGAGUCGCCUCCCCCCGAAGAUGCCCCGCUGUACCCCCACUCCCCUGGAUCUCAGUAUCAACAGAACAACCAUGUGCACGGACAGCCGUACACCGGCCCCGCGGCGCAUCACAUGAACAACCCUCAGAGAGCUGGCCAACGAGCACAAGAAAACUACGAAGGCAGUGAAGAAGUGUCCCCGCCUCAGACGAAGGAUCAGUGAAACGCACACGCCUAACUGGUUCCAUCAAGACUGUGCACCCAGGCCUUACAGUCCAACCUUUUUCUGUGUCUGGUUAAUAUUUAAAACUAAAAAAAAAAAAACAAAAAACAAAAAAAAACAACAAAAAAAACUAUUCCUAAUCAACAUGGAGUGGAAAGUUUAUUCACUGUCUUAUCUGCAGAAAUUUGCUGUCCAUAUAUAACCCGCCUGCAGUGGAAAGUGUAUAGUGUUUUGUAAUAAAUGGCCUGAUGCUAAUGUGUAAAUGGCAAAGGUGUAUAUAGUAUAUUAAUGUUUGACUGUUAAUUCUUAAGCAAGAACCUUUUUUCUUGAUGAGACUCUCAGAUCUACAAAAA